AUGGAUGGCAAAAUAGAGUUUGAAUUUGAAGUCCACCCCAGGGUAUCAAAAGAUUUAUAUGCUCCUGCUCUUGGUGGAAUCAUGUUGUCAAUUGGAAUUAAACUGUCGAUUGAUGAUUUUGCUCUUGCAUUUCAGAGACCAUUACCUUUGUCUGUGGGGUUUAUUGCGCAGUAUGUGCUGAAACCAGCCCUGGGAUUGUUAAUUGCAAAGGCAUUUGGUGCUCGGCCAAUGUUCUACGCAGGUUUUAUCCUCAUGGCUUGUGUUGCUGGUGCCCAGCUAUCCAGUUAUGCCAGCUUCUCAAGCAAAGGAGAUGUGGCCUUGAGCAUUCUUUUGACCAGCUCAGCCACGAUAUCCUCCGUGGUUUUUACCCCUCUUUUGACGGGCCUGUUUAUCGGGUCUAUUGUCCCAGUCGAUGCAGCUGCCAUGUCAAAGUCGAUAUUGCAGGUUGUGCUUCUUCCUGUCACUCUUGGUCUUGCACUCAAUACUUACGCAAAACCAGUUGUCAAUCUCCUUCAGCCAGUGUUGCCAUUUGUUGCCAUGGUUUGCACUUCACUGUGUAUUGGAAGUCCUCCGGCAAUUAAUCGUAGCCAGAUUUUGUCUUUUGAGGGCCUCCGACUGGUUUUUCCAAUAUUGACAUUCCAUAGUGUGGCCUUCGCCGUAGGGUACUGGGUGUCCAAAAUUCCAAUUUUGAGGCAAGAAGAGCCUGUUUGCAGGACAAUCGCAUUAUGCACAGGAAUGCAAAGCUCCACCCUGGCUGGGCUUCUUGCCACCCAAUUCCUUGGGAGCAGCCAAGCAGUGCCUCCUGCCUGUUCAGUUGUAGCCAUGGCUAUCAUGGGUCUUUGCCUUGCCUCCUUUUGGGGCAGCGGAGGCCGAAUUAGAGACCUACCACAUUUGCUCUUCCCCAAGACUAGUUUGGUUGUAAAGUCAUAGAAGACAGGACUCAUAGAAAUCUAAGAAAACUUCCACAUUCCCACAUUUAUCUGGAGAAGCAAAGUAAAUUGCAGAUCCUCGCAGGUCGGGUUGCAUUCAUGUUCCUUAUGUUUAUACACAACAGCGGAAGCACUGGACCAUCGCCUUGAGAUGUAGCAGGUGAUCUAGUAAAGCAUACAGUGGAGGAAAAUGAUUACAUACAGGGAAAAUCUUGUUCGUAACCAUAUAGCGUAUCAUCUAUAUAUCUUCAUGUGCUAUUAUCUGUCUUUUGGUGUUAUGUAUAUAAAAAUACUUCAUUAACUGCUCUCUUGCUGAGAAUAUCUAUAUAUCUUC